UGCCUUCAGUGUAUUUUUUCCUCUAAUUAUUUGCUAUUAGCUGAACAGGUGGCCAAGACUGAAAUCCUAACAGCACCCACGAUUAGUUCUUUCCAAUGUCAGACUAUGUUUGGUUUGAAGGAAUACCUUUCUAUGGUAUAUUUUUUAAAAAAGAAAUAAUUAAAGAAUGUCAUGAUAAAUUUGUGAUCAGAGAUGAAGACACAGUCAUACUAACUUACCCCAAAUCAGGAACUAACUGGAUAAUUGAGACUGUCUGCUUGAUUCAGACCAAGGGGAAUCCCAAAUGGUUGCAAUCUGUGCCCAUCUGGGAACGCUCACCCUGGAUAGAGACUCCACAAGGAUAUUCACUACUAAUGAAUAAGGAAGGACCACGCCUCAUCACCUCCCACCUUCCCAUCAAUCUUUUCCCCAAGUCUAUCUUCAGUUCCAAGGCCAAGGUGAUCUAUGUCAUCAGAAAUCCCAGAGAUGUUCUUGUGUCUGGUUUUUUUUACUAUGGUAAGAAAAACUUUAUGAAGAAUCCAGUGUCACUGGGGACUUAUAUUGAAUGGUUCCUCAAAGGAAAUGUGAUAUAUGGAUCAUGGUUUGAGCACACCCGUGCCUGGCUGUCCAUGAGAAAAAGAGACAACUUCUUGUUACUGAGCUAUGAAGACAUGAAAAAGGACACAAGGAGAACCAUAGAGAAGAUCUGUGAUUUCCUAGGAAAGAAAUUGGAGCCAGAUGAAAUAGAUCUCAUCAUCAACUACAGUUCAUUACAAGCCAUGAAAGAAAACAAAAUGUCUCAUCUUAGUCUCAUACCACAAGAUGUGAAUACUAAUCCUUCGGUCCUCAUGAGAAAAGGCAUAGUUGGGGACUGGAAGAAUCACUUUACAGUAGCCCAAGCUGAAGCCUUUGGUAAAGUAUUCCAAGAGAAAAUGGCUGGUUUCCCUCCAGGGCUGUUUCCAUGGGAAUAAAUUCUGAAAACAUUUGAAUCAUGUAUAGACAGUGGGAUUUAAUUUCCUGCUGUUGUACAUGUGAAUGGUUGGAUGUUGUCAUAGAAUAAAUCUUGAUAAUGAA